AUGUCUCAAUCAACGCCCUCAGAUCCCGCCCUCACAGCGUCCUACUCCUCACCCUCCAGCGCGCCCUUCAGCAUCUCCAAAUCCAUCCCCGCGCCGCCUACGCCCCUCGACCCGGCCGGAAAAUCCACCUAUCUCGAAUCACUGCGCGCUUCCGUUGCUGCGGCCCAAGAUCAGAUCAACAAGGAGCUCACGACGCGCAUGGAGGAAGAUAAAGCUCGUGAGGGAGGAGCCGCGGUUGUGGAUGAAGAGAAAGAGGAAGAAAAUUACGGCGAGGAAGUUCAGGAAGAGGAAGAUUAA